GUUCAAAAUUGCAUUCAGUUUCGAACAAAAUACUCAUUGGCCGAGCGUCGGAGUUGAAGAUGUGACCAUACCUUAAACAAAUCUGGAAAAUACUGACUGGAAACGCGUCCAUAUCCCAAGAAUGCACCGCGAUAUUGACGAGAUGAAAGAUAUUACAACAAUCGACAGAUGUAAUCAAGCAAAGACAUUUUUGAAAUGACCUUAUAUGGAAGCCGUUUAGUUUAUUACCGAUGGGCUUUCAUUAUCUAUUGAAUGCCCAUGGUUUACCACAUAUUAACUUUACAUCAACUAUUGGAAAUGAAAGACAACUGGCUACACCGGGUGAGCGGAAAAUACACAAGGUGUUGAGGCUGGUACCAGUCACAGAGGAUCAGAUAGAAACUCUUCACAUCUGGCACAAUGAGGCACACAAACGCGGGCUCAUUUUCUGGGGCGAACCAGGCCUGUUGAACCAGGCUGUUGAUGUGCAGUUUCCACCUGAGAAGUUCGCCGCUUACCGAACACGCCUCAAUAACCUUGGUUUCCAACCCAUCGUUCUCUUUGAUAAUGUCCAAAGUGAACUUGACAACCAGGAAGCGGCAAGGGUUACCAGGCAACAGCAAACGCCCACCUUGAAUUUCUUCACCGAUUACCGAACUGCAGCCGAGAUAUUUCAAUGGCUGGACCAAACAGCUGCAAACUGCCCCGCUGGCGCUACCUGUACAGUGACAAACAUUGGCACCUCAUGGGAAGGAAGAGAACUUAAAGUUUUCAGAAUAUCCAACGGACCCAACAAGAGAGCCAUCUGGAUUGACUCCCUUAUCCAUGCACGAGAGUGGAUAUCUGGAGCAACAAACCUUUACUUCAUAGAUCAGUUAGUGAAUAACUAUAACAACGCUGCCAACAGAGCCAUGGUUGAUGCUUACGACUGGGUGUUUAUGCCAAUCAUCAACAUUGAUGGAUACCAAUACACAUUUGAUACAGAUCGUAUGUGGCGUAGAACACGCUCGGACAGAGGGGACAUUCUGGGAUGUGUUGGUUGUGAUGCCAACAGGAACUUUGAUUUCCAAUGGAUGACAAUUGGAGCAAGUGACGACCCAUGUUCCAACACCUACGCUGGAGUUGCACCCAACUCAGAGCCAGAAGUUGACGCCGUACGGGCGUACAUCAUGCAGAACCCGUCAUAUUAUGGCGCAUUCAUCACCAUGCACUCCUACAGUCAGCUCUUCUUACUUCCAUAUGGCUACACCGUAGAUUUCCCUCAGGAUUACGAUGAGAUGAUGCGAGUUGCAAACUUGUCAACAAAUGCUCUGUUUAACGUCCAUGGAACUACGUAUCGGUUUGAUUCAGCGUCAGUCAUUCUCUAUCCAUCUUCCGGUACCUCAAGAGACUGGGCCAAGGGUGUACCGCAGAUCAAGUAUGUCUACACAUUUGAACUGAGGGAUACGGGUAACUAUGGAUUUAUCCUCCCUCCAGAACAGAUCAUACCCUCUGGGCAGGAGACCUGGGAAGCAGUCAAAAGGAUUGCCCAAGAGAUAACUUUUCCUUGAAACUUUAAUGUAACGAUAUUCUGAUAUUGUAAGAAUAUAAUUAUCAGAUCUUUUUCAAA